CUCCAGCAGCAUUGGGCCCGCUGGGUCGUCUGCCCGCCUGGCUUUUAGCCCCUGAACCGGCCUCGGGAGCAGGAAAAGCCCCCUGGCAGCACCUGGGCAGGCUCACCCUCUCAGAAUGGCACAGUUCAAGCGCCAGAAGCCACUGCGAACCAGCAGCCUUCAGGGAGCCCGAUCCUUUUCAGGAACACAGCCAGCCUCUCUCCUGGGGCCUGCGCCGGGCCUAUUAAAUCCUCCUAUUUCAGCAGAUAUCAUUCAAGCAGCACGUCAUCUUCAGGGAGGAGAGAAGCAGCGCGUUUUUACCGGCAUUGUCACCAGCCUUCACGAUUAUUUUGGCGUGGUGGAUGAUGAAGUUUUUUUCCAGUUAAGUGUUGUUAAAGGCCGGAUUCCACAGAUCGGUGAGAAAGUGCUGGUGAAGGCUGUUUACAACCCCAGUCAGUCCGUGCCCUGGAAUGCUUUGAAGGUCCAGACAUUGUCAAAUCAGCCUCUUUUGAAGCCCCCCACUCCUCUGCUCCAUGUAGCUUCUUUGGGACAGAAGCAAGGCAUUUUGGGAGCUCAGCCCCAACUGCUCUUCCAGCCACACCGGAUCCCACCUCUCUUUCCCCAGAAACCAAUGAGCCUCUUCCAGACAUCUCCAUCACUCCACUUGGGCCACCUUGGGAGAUACGCUGGUCGAGGUCCUAAAGGCAGGCAGGAGUCAGGCAGAUGGGAUGACUUUGACUCCAAGAAGAGAAAGCAGAAGGGUAACGAGCCCUGGGGGGCAAAGAAGCCUCGUCACGAGCCACCCCAGUACCGAGUCCAGUUGGCGUGCUAUACUGUGAAUAGCCCCUUCUGUGAUGCCAUGGAAGUCUUGAGGCGCUACUGCAGCAUCCAGCUGCCCAAAGAAUUCUAUGACGUCCGCCUCUGCUGGUUGGACACCUUCCCUCUGAGCCAGCCAUUAACUCUGAAGCAUCCUAGUCGUAUCCAAGUGACCGGUCCUGCUGAAGAAUCGUCUCAGGCUGAAGAAGAUACAAGGCAGGAGGCUGAGCCGGAGGAUGCAAAUCCUGCAUUCAGUGCCAAGGUUCUGCUUCUUUCUUCUCCCGGCAUCGAAGAAUUCUACCGCAAUUGUCUGCUUUAUAUCGAGGAGCCCAGUGAUCAGAGGGAGAUUCCUGAACAUCCCACAAAGCAAAUUAAGUUCCUGCUGGAAAAGAAGGCCGAUGAGCUGGUGCUCCUGGGAGGAGAGUGGUCCCCCUCUCUGGAUGGUCCUGACCCAGCUACGAGCCCCACGGUCCUGAUCCGCACAGCCGUUCGUUGCGUCAAAGCCCAGAUUGGCUUGGAUUUGAGCACCUGCACGAAGUGGUACCGCUUUGCUGAGUUCAGAUACCUGCGUGAGGGAAAUCCAUCUUGCCAGGAGCAGACCGUGGUUUUCUUGCCAGAUCUUUGGAGCCUGAUGCCAUCUCUGGAAGAGUGGGAGGCCUCGUGCAAACAGAAAACAGAACAGGCCACAUUGCCUUUAGAAGAAAAAAGUGAGACGGUGGAAGAAACUGAACAAACCUCUGAACCAGGUCCGGAGCAAGAAAUGGAGUCCUGUGAGCAGGAAAUGGACUCGGCUGAACCGGUCCCCGAGCCAGCCCUGGAGACGUCGGCUUCUGAACCAGAGACCCCAACUCCUCCGCUGGAGCCAGCCAUAGUUGUUUGCUCUCAGCUGGCCCUGCGAAAUGGGCAGCCUAGUUGUACCAACGUCUCUCUUUACACUUUGCUUGAGUACAGGAGGCAGCGGGAGAAGCUCUCCUUUGAGGUGGCAGUGGUGGCAGAGACUUUCCAGGAGAUGCUUCAGCGUGAUUUUGGCUACAAGCUUUAUAAAGCCCUGCUGGCCCUGCCAGAAAAGGAGGAGCCGCCAGAGGCCAAGAAUCCCGAUGCGGAAAAAGGGAUCAAAUCUGAAAAGGAGGCAGAGAAUGAACUGAAGGAGGAGCCUCAGGAGAAACCCGGAGCAGAAGAUACACCAGGGAGUAACCAGAAGGAAGUUCAGAGAGAGGGGACUGGGGAGGCCAAGAAGCCCCCGAAUCAAGAUGGGGCCAAUUCGACCAAGGAAGAGAAGGUCAGCGGGAACGUCAAAGCAGAAGCCAAGGAUUCCACCAAUGACCUCUGUGAGCUCAGCAUGGAAGAUGACCUCUUGCUGCUAAGAGAGGACGAAGAGGAGGACUUUGGUGUCAAGUUGGAAGAUGCUGAAGUGAGAUCUGUUGCAUCCAACCAGUCAGAAAUUGAGAUUUCCUCCCUUCCUGAAAUGCCUAGAGAGCUGGACCCAAGUACCGUGUUGCCCUUGGAUGCCCUCCUUGCCUUCGUUUACUUUGACUUGAAUUUCUGUGGCUACCUGCAUAGGAAGGAUAUGGACAAGAUCCUCCUCACACUGGGACUGCACCUCUGCAAAGAGCAGGUGAAGCGCUUGGUGAACAGGGUGGUGACACAGUUUGUGUGCCGUUAUCGCAGCCUGCACUACAGCCGGCAGGAAGGGACAGAGGCAGGCCUUGAAGAGGAAGAGCUGUCGGGCAACCUCAAUUUCUUGCGCUCAUCGGCUUCUUUUACCAAAUCUACCCGAGAGACUCAGUCUACCAAUUUGAUUUCCUACAACGGGGCUGUCCUUAAUGUCAGCAAACUACUGGAAAAGGCAGAGCAGACAGAAAACAGCCGGCUUUACCUGGAAAAUAAAAUCCAUGCUCUGGAGCUAAAAUUGGAAGAGACGCAGCUCCGCUUCUCAUCAACGGAGGCUUCCAACAAAGCUUUGACAGCGGAAGUGCAGGAAUUACAGAAGCGCCUUACGGAGAUGGAGGAGCAAUCUAAAGUGUCCGAAAAGCAAAAAUCCCAUUUUCAAAGGCUGCUUCAGGAGAAUAAGAAGCGCCUGGUUCCUUUGCAUCUGGAAAUCCAGAAGAUAAUUGAGAAGACCAAUAACUGCUUAGAGAAGAAGGAAGCUACGUCACCCUCCGUUUCCAGCAACUGAGACCCCCUAGUGAAGAAAACCAUCUUGGCAGGGAAGACCCGUACACCUUGGUUUGAUAUUUUGGGGCUGUGAGUUAAGCGGUUGGGGGUUAAUAAGCCUUUGGAACUGUCCACCUUGUUUUUGGCCAACUCUGUGAAAGGCUGCUGCUGGUUUCCAUCCUCGACCACCUUUCACCCCCAGGCUUGGGGGGGGGGAAAGGGGCCACUAGUCCCGCGUGACCAGGAGCCCCAGUUCAUCUGCUGGAACCACCCUUCUUGUUUCAAGGAAUACCCCCUUAGGUAGGCAUUUUCAUGGUCUAGUGUGCGAGCGGAGAAGCGACAGGGUAGGUAUUUUGGGCUGUUGGCCAACAGCAAGUUAGUUCCGUGCAGGGACUGACCGUUUCAGAAGACCAGGCAUCGCUAGCCUCUUCGUGCUGCUUCAUGGAGACUUUUUUUUUUUAUGCCCCCUCCACUCCCUCUCCCCUCUACCUCUAGCUUGAGGGGUGGCCUGGGUGGUGCCUUGGGGAGACGGCAACGGCCUCCAUGCCAUCAGCAGGCUUUCCACCCUUUGCCCCAGGCCAUUAUUGCCCUGCCUCUGACUUUCCUGGGUUGUGCAUUGAGGGUAGCUUGCGAGUUCUGCUCUGGGGCUGUGGCUUGGAGUGUGAAAACCGUACAUACUUGGUUCAGCAUUUUAGCCAUUUUAAGGAAAAAAAAAAACCCCACAAAAACUCUGCAAGGCCUUCAUGAUCAUCAACCCUCCCCCCCGUCCCCAGUCCUUUUACUUGCUACACGGACCUCCAGGACCCAUUGGGGUUUUGAUGGCUAGCCUUCAGGCAAAAGUGAAAUUCCCGUUCAGCGGAUCUUGAGUUUGGAGGAUCUGGAAUCUGGGCAGUGGGAGGGCCUGCAGAUCCUUUGGACUUCCAUUGGGAAGACACAGCACACAGCUGGGCCCAUCGGGUUCCCCGAGAUAGACUUUAGCAGAAUAGCUGGUGGGCCUAUGCAAAGCAGUGGCUGGGCUUCGGCCUUCCUCCAGUAGGUAUUUGCUACAUUUGCCCUGGCCAUCUGCUCCCCCCACCUCAGGUGGUCUUGUCACUUCUGAAUGUGUUGCUUUUAGUCUGUAAAUGUAGUAACAACUUGUAUUUAACUGGCCAAGUUACUUUUAUAAAAGUCUCUUCCUCACUUGAAAA